UCAAGGUCAAGCCACAGACAUGAGUGAUGAGAGCUCAGGAACAUUCCUCCUGCUGGCUGUGCUUGUCCUGGGCAUCUUGGCUGAUCCCUGUGAGAGCCAAGAGUUGCGAUGUCAAUGUAUUGAGACAUAUUCUGGCUUUGUUCCUCCCAAAUUCUUUACAAAUGUUCAGUUGAUACCAGAAGGUGCCCAUUGCAGUAGAAAAGAAAUUAUAGUCACAUUGAAAGAUGGGAGAUUAGUUUGUUUGGAUCCUGAGGCUGAAUGGGUGAAGACUGUUAUCAAAAAGAUUACAGACAGUGCCUCUAACUAACGGACAUACAAGGAACAUCACAUCCCAUGAGUAUCAAGAGCCCUUUCAUCGUGAGCUUGGACAUCCUCCAGAAAUUUCUUUGAAAGUAGCACCAAUUUAUGCUAAUUUAAGACUAGAAUGAACUGCUUUCUCUACUUAUCCUGGAAACAUAAAGAUUGUUUUCAGUCAAGUGACUGGCUACGAGUGAAGAGAGUAAUGGGGGAAAGGUGAUGACAUUUUCAUUACGUAAGAAGGAUAGUCCCCAAAACUCAUACAGUAGGUAAGAGGUUUCCCUGUUAGGAUCGAUACAUCUUAACAGAUUCCACCUCCUCCAGGCUGUUCCUUACCACCUUUUAGUCCACUUAACUUUCUGGUCAGCUCUGACAUUUGACCUUAUAUGUCUUUCCACCACAUCCUUUGAAAUCACCCUUAAUGACAUCAAUAUUUUUAAAACGAACACCCUGGUCUCUUGACUGCUCAACCUUUUAAGUUCCAAAAGCCUUAAUAUCCACCCUAUUUUAGUCAUCUACAACCUUGGAUCUCAGCAUAAUGUAAGAUUAUUUAUCUACAGUGUUCAAAACUAAAAUAUUUCUUUCAGAGGAAUUUUUCAUCCAUUAUAAAAUCUGAAGUAAGUAUGCAUUUAAGAAGCAGGAAAUGGGAUGCCAUACAGUUGUAUAAUAAAAUUUUCUUAAAUUUUAAGAAUUCACUUUUUUUUUUUAAAGAUUUUAUUGGGGAAGGAGAACAGGACUUU